AUUAAACCUCAGAAAAGAAGAAAGAAGACGCUCCUCCCUCACCAUGAAACUACGAAGAAGCUGGAAGGAAGUCUGCUCCACGAGUUCGAGCUCGAGUUCACGCGUUUAAUGAAGAAAUCAAGAAAGACUUGACUUGAUUUGGUGCGUAAGUGUUAAUAUAAAGUAUAUUGAUAUUUUACCAACGCUUGUUGAUAUUUAUUGGCUCAAAAAGCGCUGGACGUGAGGGCUGGUCAACAAAACACCCCAGAGAAUCUGUGAAAUCGAAAGUAAAAAAAAGUGCGCACAAGAAAAACAAAAGACAGAUCAAAUAGCGGACAGAAUGGCAGCCUCGUCGCAGUCAGAGGUGAUGUGCACCUGCCCCGUGUGCUGUGACAUAUUCACAGAGCCCGUGGUGCUGCUGUGCGGUCACAGCUUCUGUAAGGACUGUCUCAAAGAGUGGUGGAGGCAAAGCACACUGCAGACGUGCCCGGUCUGUAAGCAGGUGUUCCCCAUGGCGCAGCCUCCGCGCAAUUUGGCACUGAAAGACCUUUCUGACACGCUGAGACAAAAGAGGAGUCAGGGAGCAGCAGCAGCAGCAGCGACGCCCAAAGAGGUUUGCAGUUUGCACGGUGAGCGAUUCAGGCUCUUCUGUCAGGACGAUCAGCAGCUCAUCUGUCUGGUCUGUAGAGACGCACAAAAGCACAAGACGCACACCUUCCUGCCCAUCAAUGAAGCUGCAGAAGAGCACAGGACCAAACUCUCGGUCGAGCUGAUGCAUUUAAAGAGCAAGCUGGGAUCGUUUAAAGAACAAAAGCUCGUAUGUGACAAAAUGUCCAGUCACGUCAAGUUCCAGGCUCAGCAGACUGAGAAGGAGAUCAAAGAGGACUUUCAGAAGCUCUACCAGUUCCUGAGAGCAGAGGAGGCUGCCAGGGUGGACGCACUGAGGAAGGAGGUGGCGCUGAAGAGUGACGCACUGAACAUCAGGACCGUCAAUUUGACGGCGGAGAUCUCGUCACUUACAGACAAAAUCCAAACCAUAGAACGAGAACUUAAAACCGAGGACUUUUCUUUCAUGCUGAAUGUGAAAUCCACUCUGGAGCGGUCACAGUGCAAACUGCCCGUGCCAGAGACUCCAUCGGGAGCCCUGGUUGAUGAGGGCAAGCAUGUGGGGAACCUGCUGUUCACAGUUUGGAUGAAGAUGAAGCCCUUGGCCAAACACAGCCCUGUAACGCUGGACCCAAACACCAGUGGUGAACAACUGAUUUUAUCUGAGAAUUUGACGUGUUUGUUGGAGAGUGCGAAAUCGCUGCGGCUUCCUAGCAACCCGGAGAGAUGCGGUUUCUGCACUGUUCUCGGCCGUGAGAGCUUUAGCUCUGGGAUACACAGCUGGGAUGCUGAGGUGGAAGGUUUUUGGGCUGUGGGUGUGGCUGCUAGAACCAAGCAACAAUCCGUCGAAAUGACGUGGGGAAUUUAUGCGAAUGGACCUGAAGAUGUGAUAGAACUUAAUACUGAGAAGCUCGUGGUAAGGCAAAGAGAAUUGUUACUGAAAAAGAUGAGAGUGCAGCUUGAUUAUGACAAAGGAAUACUGUCAUUUUUUGACCUUGAAAGGAAAGUAUUCAUACACCUGAUCAAACAUAGAUUCACAGGCCCAGUCUUUCCAUAUUUCCGGGCAACUGUGAAAAUCCUUCCAACUGAGGUGUCCAUGACAAAAACAAAAAUGACUAGUACCGUGCACGGUUCUGAACCGGUUCAAGCCGAAGCAGUUCAAGCAUUAGCAGCUUUACGUGUAGCAGCCAGAACUGCUUUGGCUCGAACCGGUGCCACGCCUCCUCUCCUUGGAGUUAAUUCGGACAUACGCGAAAGUUCCCUGUUAGAGCAGCAUCAAAAACUAUAAAUGUAAUUCUGUUUGCUGUCACCAGGGGGCGCUGUAUUUGAAAAUGAAUAUUUUCAUAUAGACGUCUUUAGGGCCGGACUAUCAUCAAUCCUAGGAAGUUUGGUUCAGGUCGGACCAGGAUUCUCAAAGUUGUAGCAGUUAGUUUUUUUGUCGCAAAAACCCGACUUUGCAUCGUUGCCAUGGCAACACCAUUAACUAUUUGUCAUAUUCAGCACACAUCAUCUACCAUGUAUUUUGAGUGUUUUCACCAAUUUUGAGUUUGAUAUGCCAAACGACUUUCACACAUAAAUUUCCACCAGGAUUGAUGCGGUCGCAAAAAUCUCUGAGUUUUGGGGUAUGGGAAAGGCCUCAAAAACGCAAUUCAUUUGAGAGAAAAAUAAUAAUAAUGGGAAUAUUUUGCAUUUCAAUGGGGUUCUCUGCCCUUUGUGCUCGAACCCUAAUAACUACAUAUAUAUAAACAUAAAUAUAACUACAUAAAUAAAUAGUGUCACUGCAAACAUGAUGCUCCAAUGUGUAAAAACGCCCAGUACUCCAAUCAAGCAGCAGCAGUGCCACAUAUAAAAACCACUGCCGUCAGUUUCUAUUAUUAUAUUCACAUCAGAGUGAAAGAAAAAGUGAUUUCAUUGAGUUUGACAGUGCCAUGAUUGUUGGUGCCAGACGGACUGGUUUGAGUAUUUUUUGAAAAUGUAUUCUUUGGGAUUUUCACACGUGACAUGUGGCAGAGUUCAUAAAAGCAAAGCGCAAUAAAAAGAGAGCAGUUUUGUGGGGGAGAACAACGCUGUACUGAGACGGGAGGAAUGAGACUGCUGAUGAGGGAGGUCGGCCGGCGCAGGAUGGUGAGACUUGUUGGAGCAGAUGGGGAAAUAGGAAGGCGUUGUGGGGACGCUUUACAACUGUGGCGAGCGGAGCUGA